AUGGAGCUACCAGUAGCAAGAAGUUCUGAAACCUUCUUGCAGUUGUCGUCAGACCAGGUCACUCUCAGUGAUGGUGCCAAAGGGCGCCAUAAGAUUGGUGGCCAAUUUCACGAAGAUCGGAUGAGAGAGCUGCAAAAAGUGAAGCAUGCUCUCAUAGAGAUGGCCCACGAAGAGGGCACCGACAGAGCAGUCCCGGCGGGAAAGAGCAUGAGUUUCUACAUGUCUACAGUUAUUGAGAUGAUCAACACUACCAUGAGAUCUUCUCUCGCCGAACAGCAUGACGCUGACAAGUCCGUCAUGGGACUCCACUUCAAGCAGUUCGAUUCUUGCUUGUCGACCUUGUCAUCAGGCCUCGCCUGGUCGAAUGCGAUACUGGUUGGCGGCAGCUACGCUGGGCAAGCGUACAGUGGUCUUGAUAUUGACAAGAAAGCCCACAAUGACUGCCGGCAGACGCAGAACGACAAAAAGUUGCUGUACGACACGUGUGUCGAUGAUGAGAGGAUGAGGUGGGAAGCUGUGAAGGCCGCCUGCGACGACAACUUCACAAAGUUUUACAGCACUGUGUCUGCAAAGUCAACUGGUGCGUGGCAGAAGCAGUGUGAUUCUCAGCUCGAGAUCUUCUCCAACACAGCCCCGGAUGCGGAUCCCUCCGGCUUGGUGGACCUUGGUGAUGUGGACACUGAAGGCUACCUGCUGGCUCAGUUCAACUUCUGGGACAAGAAACUCGAGGCGUAUCUCACUGCCGAGGCCCUUUGCAAGAAAGCCACGGCUACAGCAGAGGCUGAGAAAGCCGACUGCAGCUCGAAGCUCGAGGACUUCUUCAACAUCUCCAAGCAGUGUGACACACUACAGGACAGCUUGGAUGGUAUGGCCUGUCAGCAGGCCUUGGCUAGGCAUACCAAGUGCUCUGACUAUGACACGUGCUUUACCACUGCGGAGUCGUCCUGGAAGACGAUCAAGCAGACCAUGUGUGGUGCCUCUGGUAAAGAAGGGGUCCUCCAAGAGGAGCUGGUCAUGAUCGAGCAGAUCGAAUGCAUCCUGGAUGCUGUCACAAAGCCCAACAGUACCACGCAGGUGGCAAAGUGUCUCAACAAUCCUCCAAAGCGGAGCCACACGCUGCUAUUCCCGCAGUGUUCCGAGGUGGUGCCGUCCAAGAACGACAUCCAAAAUUGCGGCAACCAUCUGAAGCCGGGCGACGAUGCCGACAUGCCGGGCACAAAACCAUAUGUGGAGAAGUACUACACCGGCCCUGAGUCGAGCCCGACUGGUUAUCCCCUUCCGGCCGUGAGCGAGUAUGAGGACUCCAACCAUGCUCCACCCGUAGACGUGAAGGCCUGUGUGGCAACAUGCUGCACGAAGCCACCUGCAGCUACCGACAACGCUCGUGGUUUGGACAAGCGCCCUCAAGACUGCGGAUUCUGCGGUGGCUUGCCCUGCAAGUAUUGCGAUUCGGAGGGCUGCUGUUCAACGCAAGUGGACGGUGGACAAUGCAAGAAGAAGAACCCGUACGCAGCCGUUACAUGCAAGGACGAGCGCCAGGACGCCAGCGAAGCCGAUGCUACAAAUGUCACCAUGCAGGUUCGUGUGGCGGCCAUUGAGGCUGCCUUGAUGGCCAAACAACGUGGUGAGAUCGUCCGAGACCAGGCAGCCGCCGCCGGAAGGGCCGCCGCACUCAUGGCGCGGUCGCUGGGUCUGAAGGUGGAGGAGCAAGCGGCUAUGGCUGCUGCCGAAGCUGCCCUUGUGGCUGUCAAGGCAGCGCAGACUCCGCAACAGCAGAUGGAAGCUGCUGCCAACGCAGCUUAUGCGGCCGUGGAGGAGGCGGCCAGCAGCUUCUUUGGCCCUACGGCCGAUGCCGAAAGCAGCGGUCACAGCAAAGCAACGGCCAAGAUGGCCGAGGAAGCCGCGUUGACGGCUGCCGUGAAGUCAGCCCUGGCCGCCGGCAUGAGCAAGACGGAAGCCGAGGCCGCGUCGGCUGAGGCGGUUACCCAGGAUGCCGGAAACUACGCAGCCUCGAAGGCAGCAGCAGUUGCAAGAGCACAAAAGAAGCCAGUGAAGGUGCAAGUCCAAGUCGCCGUGGAGGCAGCAGUGAAGGCCACAAAGAGCACCGAGGGCAGCGUGGAGGAGCAGGCGGUAUCGGCGGGCCUGGCAGCCUCCGAUGCCUCUCGUGCGGCCGGCCAGCCAGUCCGAGACGAGGUCCUCUGGGCAGCGCGACACACCGUGGAGCUGGGGAAGGAGAAGGGUCUGAACGAGCCCAAAGCCCUGGCGCUUGUCCGGCACGUGAUCCUCAAGGUGGCGAAAGCCCAUGGCAUGUCGGAUGAUCAGGCUGUGGCAAUGGCAGACAUGGCCAUCGACCAGGUGGCGGAGAAGAUCUGCAUCACUCCAAAGUUGGAAGGCUACGAUGUGACGGAGGAGUCCCUGAACCAGACCGCUUCCUUUAGCGUCAAGGUUGCCUGCGCUCCUGGCUUUUAUGGGUCGCCGAAGGCCACAGUCUGCUCGAUUUCUGGUGCUCCGUACACGCUCCUGGGCUGCUUCCCGAUCGUUUGUUCUACUCCGAUUAGCAUGGACGGAUAUCAGGUAACUGAGCUUUCCAGAGCAAUCUACCAGUGGAAUGUGUCCGCAGCCUGUGACGAUUUCUUCGCGGGCACGCCAAAGGUCACACCUUGUUCGGUGCACAACACUCCAUACGGAUUGACUGGAUGUGUUGAGAAGCACUGCUCCACCUCGAGGAAAAUCAAGGGCCACGGUUAUGACGUGACAGAAGUCUCCACCAGCAUGCGCAGCUUCGAGAUCAACGUGAAAUGUCACGAGUCCUUCAAGGGCGACCCGACAGCGCAUGUUUGCAAGAAGAUGAACGAGCCUUACGAACUUCACGGCUGUACACAUCGUGAGUACUGUAUCAGCCCUUCUGCGCAGAAGCAGGUUGGCUACGAUAUCAAGGAAAUCGAUCUUGAAAUCCCAGGUUUUGUCGUGAAGGCCAGCUGCUCGAAGAACUACGUUGGCGAAGCACUGGUCGAAGAGUGCGAUGAUGAUGAUGGGGAGUACGUCCUGUCUGGCUGCGAGCCAAUGACAUGUGCAUCUCACAUGGCGUCUGCGCCGACGGGUUACAAGAUCACAUCCGAGAACUUGGAGGUUCCGGACUUCGAGGUCGACGUCGAGUGUGCCUCUGGCUACAUGGGAGAUCCUGGUGCCACGCCGUGCUCCACGCAGAGUGGCUCCUACAGUGUCUCCGGCUGUGAACCGAAGAAGUGCGUUGCACCGAAGAGCAAGGUGGGCUACUCCGUGAUUAAGGAGGCUUCAUUGGACAUGCCCACGUUGGAUGUUUCCGUGGAAUGUGCAGACAAGUACAUGGGUACACCGGCGGCCGCUGCCUGCCCGGAGCACCUCGGCGAGUAUGUCCUCUCGGGUUGCUCCCCGCAAACAUGUCUCGAGCCGCUGGAUGUGGUCGGUUAUGUCACUCAGGUGGAGUCGCUGCAGCGCCCGAGCUUCGCAGUAACUGCCAAAUGCGCCCGGCUAUACGAGGGUUCUCCUCUGGUGACAGCUUGUGCACAUCAUGACCGGGUCUUCAACCUGUCCGGUUGCAAGCCUUCCGUUUGCACCAGACCCGCGAAAAACAUCAAGGCUUACACGAUUACUGAGGAGAAGUCCCUUGAGAUGCGCAGCUUCAAUGUGGAGGUCAAAUGUGCUUUGAACUACACAGGAACUGCGAGUGUAACGGAUUGUUCCAAAGCCGACGAGCCCUACACCCUGCACGGCUGCUUUCCCCAGCUUUGCACCAAGCCUUCCAAGGGUGCUACCGAGGGCUAUGUGGUCACGGAAAAGUCGCUUGAAAGGCCAAGCUUUGAUGUCUCGGCGACAUGUGCGAUGGACUACAUGGGAAGCCCGGUGGUCUCGGCAUGCAGUGGUCAUGACCUUCCCUUCACGGUGUCGGGCUGCAAGCCUGAGACCUGCACAGAGCCCACUGAUGCAGAGAAGGAGGGCUAUUCCAUCACUGUAGCCUCCUUGACCAGGCCCCACUUCAGUGUCGAAAUCGAUUGUGCUGCCGGCUACACUGGGACCCCCAGUGUCACGCGCUGCACCGCGCACGGGAGGCCAUACACCUUUGGUGGCUGCCAUGAGAUUGAAUGCAGCACUGCCCAAACCUCUAAGGGUUUUGCCAUUGUCCACGAGUCCUCCCGGAGACUCACAAGCUGGAACGUCAGCGCCAAGUGUGCGGCCGGAUGGUACGGCGAGGUGGUCGUUGAGCCUUGCUCCGAGCAUAGGAAGCCUUUCACGCUGUCGGGCUGCGCGCCCAUGGUCUGCACUUCCCUGAAAGACACUCCUCCGGAAGGGUAUGUGGUGAACACGGAGUCCUCGCUCACAGUGCAUAGCUUCGGCGUGAAAGCCAGCUGUGCGCCAGGCUACCACGGAACAGCUCAGGUGACUUCCUGCAGCUCGCACCAGACGGCCUACACUUUGACCGGGUGCCAUCCCAUUGUCUGCGCCUCCAUGGCACUGGCUCCGCCCACCGGAUACAUCGUCAAAGCCGAGACUUCCUUGGAGCAGCUCAGCUUUGGAGUGAAGACGGAGUGUGCUGCGGGCUACUACGGCACCCCUGUGGCCAAGGCCUGCAAGAGCGAGGGGCUGCCGUACACCCUGGAGGGUUGCAGCGUGAAGGUCUGCAAAUCCCGCGUCGGCAAUGUGCCGCGAGACAUCGUUUUGGUCAAGGAAGGCUCUUUGGAGGUGCCGAGCUUCACUGUCAAUGCUCGCUGCCAUCCCGGCUACAUGAACGAGUCUACCGUUCCCAAGGGCAAGAUCAGUGUGCGGCCUUGCACCAAGCACGGAGAGUAUUACAAGCUUGAGGGUUGCGAACAUGAAGUGUGCGAGUCUAUGAGCAAAGACCCUCCAGCGGGCUACAAGGUCUUUGCCGAAGAGUCACUCCAAAUUACCACUUUCCAGGUGGAUAUCGGCUGUGAUGAGGGUUACACCGGUUCUCCCAAGGUCGGCGUGUGCAAAAACCAUGCGCUGCCUUACAGCUUCGCCGGUUGCCGGAAGAUCAUGUGCACAUCUCCGGUGUUGCCGGCCGGCCACCUGGUUGUUGAAAACGUGAAGACUCAGCUGGACUUCCAGGUGGAUGCCUCUUGCGCGGACAAGUAUAUGGGCACACCAAAGACUAUGGCCUGCCAAGAGGACGGUAAGCCUUAUUCUUUGGAGGGGUGUGUGCCGGAAGUCUGCAACGCACCGGCGAGUACUGUGGGCUACACUGUGGUUGAAGGCUCUCUCGAACGACCGAGCUUCCAGGUGACGGCCACAUGCGCUGCUGGCUUCUAUGGCACUCCUGUGGUGGCGCCCUGCAUGGCGCACCACGAGAGCUACAAACUCUCUGGCUGCCGUCCAGAGCCUUGCAUUUCGCCGGAUGCUUCGGACACCGUGGCCUACAAGAUCAAAGAGGUUAGCCUCGAAGUCCCCACCUUCAACGUCUCGGCCACGUGCACGGACGAUGCGCUUGGGAAUGCAACUACUCAUGUUUGUGCUUCAAAGUACAGCAAGUACUCCGUGAAGGGUUGCUCCAUCCCCUUCUGCACAAAGCCAGCUGCCCCACAGCUCAUCGGCUACACCGUGGACAAGGAGACGUCGUUGAAGAUGCUGAAGUUGGAUGUGAAGGUGUCUUGCGCAGAGAACUAUACGGGCGUCGCUUCGGUGAAGACCUGCCCCGGACACGGCACGGCAUAUUCCGUCGAUGGCUGCGUACCUUUCAAGUGUACGUCGGCGGCCCGAAGCAGUGAAGAUGGGUUAAUUGUCUUUGAGAAGUCCCUGCAGAAGCUGGACUUCGAGGUCCAUGCAGACUGUGAGGACGGUUUUGGGGGCACGCCGGAAGUCAAGAUCUGUGAGGCUCAUAAUACGUCGUACACAAUCGGCGGAUGCACCAAGCAGUUCUGUGCGUCACCAGUCGGAGAUGACACAGCAGGCUAUGUCAUCACAGAGAGCAACUUGCAUCGGGCGCCCAACAUGUUCAGCGUCACGGCGACGUGUGCCGCGGGCUACUUCGGCACUCCCAAGGUGAGCGUUUGCAAGGGCCCGAAUCUGCCAUAUGUCAUCGAGGGUUGUGAGCCCGUGGAGUGCAAGUCGCCCCGAAAUCUCACCAGCAACGGCUACAUGGUGUUCGAGAAUUCGAAGCAGCUGCCAGACUUCAACGUGAAGGCAGAGUGCCUCGACAAGUUCCUCGGCACGCCCAAGAUCACACCAUGCGAGUCCCACGAGGAGGUGUACAAUCUCACCGGUUGUGAACCAGCGAAGUGUGUCAUGCCUAGCAAGGAGGAGCUACAGGCUUAUGACUUGGAGGUGAAGUCCCUCGACAGACCCUUCUUCAAUGUUGUGCCGCGGUGCAAAUACCGUCCCAAUGGGAUAGUCACGGAGGGGAAGGUGACUGCUUGCUCCAACCACCUCGAGCCCUUCAAGGUGGAGGGUUGCUUCCUGCAGUGCAACUCCACCUCCUUGGGUGUGGAGCAGGGCUACGUCGUGCAUGAGAAGAACCUCCUGAUGCCAGACUUCGAUGUGGAGGUGUCCUGCGCCGCAGACUAUGUCGGGAAGCCUGCCGUCAGUGCUUGCUCGAAGCCGCUGACGACCUACAGCGUUUCAGGCUGCAGGCCCAUGAAGUGCAUCGCACCCACAGCAGCUGCCAAAAAGGAUUAUGUGGUGAAGGAGACGUCCCUUGAAAAGCCAACUUUCGGAGUGUCGGCCACAUGUCUGAAGGGAGGCAUGGCCGGCGAGGUUGUCCCUUGCAUCUUCGACGGCGAGCCCUACACGCUGAAGGGUUGCGACGAGGCCUCCUGUGAGUCUCCCCAUCGAACGCAGGAAACCGGCUACACAGUGUACGAGAAGGACCGGCACUUCCGAUCCUUCAAGGUCACUGCCGAUUGCUCCGCAGGAUUCAUGGGACUUGGGGUGGUCCACCGCUGCACGCAGCCCGGAGAACCUUUCACCCUCACGGGCUGCGAGCCGAAGACUUGCAAAGCCCCCGUCGGAAUCGAGAAGACGGAUUACGAUCUUACGGAGUCUUCCUUGGAUAUCCCGACCUUCAAAGUGGGCGUGAGGUGCAAGUAUGGAGGGAGCGGCACGGCGAAAGUGUGCACCGACCAUGAGCAUGCCUACACCCUGAAGGGUUGUGCGCCUCCAGUUUGUGCCACACCGGCGCAGACAGAAGGUUACAUUGUGACGGAGAACUCCAAGCUCAUGCGUGAGUUCAAGGUGUCAGCAAAAUGUGCGGCAGGAUACAUUGGCACGCCUGUGGCCACCGAGUGCAUCGAGCACGACAAGCCCUACGGCUUAGCCGGCUGUGUACCUAUCAAGUGUACAACACCGGACGCAGACUCUCUGGUCAACUACCUGGUCACAGAGACGUCGCUAGAGCUUCCAAGCUACAGCGUCACUGCGCGGUGUGCUGACGUCGGCACGCCAGCGAAGUCUAUCUCUUGCAAGAAGGAUGGGCAGCCUUACACACUGACGGGAUGCAAGCAGCACUGCACUAAGCCAGAUGUCAUCCCCAAGGGACAUGUGGUGACAGAGAGCAACCUUCUGAUUUCCGUUUUCGACGUCAAGGUUGAAUGUGGCGAGGGCUACAUGGGUGUGCCUGUUGUGACCCAGUGCACGUUGGCCGGUGAGCCAUACUCGGUCUCAGGCUGCGUGCCAGAGAAGUGUGCGAUACCACCGGACGAGAUUAGCCACAAGUACGAGAUCAAGGUGAAGUCACUGGAACGACCAAGUUUUGAUGUAGAGGUGGAGUGCAAGGGAGGGCAAACCAGCACUCCCAAAGCAUCAGCAUGCGAUGGAGAUGGCAAGCCGUUUGCGCUGGAGGGUUGCAUGGGACUGCAGUGCACAUCUCCGAAAGGAGGGGUAAGCGACGGCUAUGUUGUGUACGAGGGGUCCAUCAUGUCGAAUUCCUUCAACGUGCAAGCAUCCUGUGCGAAAGGCUACACUGGGCAUGCCAAAGUCUCCGCGUGCACAGUUGACGAGGGGCCCUACACUUUGUCCGGCUGCAAGCCCAAGACCUGCAAGGCUCCGACGUACAUUCACCAGGAGCACGUGCAAUAUGAGGUGACGGAGCGAUCACUGGAAAUGCCAAGCUUCAGCGUGGGUGUUCGUUGCAAGGGUGAGAAGGCUGGCAUCCCGAAGGCCGUUCAGUGCGAGGAGGACGGCCAACCCUACCGACUGGAAGGGUGUAAACCUUUGGAGUGUUUGUCACCAAAGGCCAAGAAGGACGAUGGAUACGUCGUGUAUGAGGGAUCUCGGCAAACGAACCACUUCGAGGUGACGGCGCGCUGUGCCCAAGGCUACAAGGGCCAUGCCAAGGUUGAAAUGUGCGCCGAAGACCAGACGCCGUACAUCCUGUCUGGAUGUGAACCCAUGAAAUGCGUAGAGCCACGUGAAGUCGAGAUGACAUCCUAUGACCUCACAGUGCAUUCGCUGGAACUCCCCAGCUUCAGUGUCUCCGCCAGAUGCAAGACACAUCAGAAGAAGGGUGAGGUGGUUCGAGCAGUCCCAUGCAAAGAUGAUGGUGAUGAGUUCACCCUGGAGGGAUGUGUUCCCGGACAAUGCACUUCUCCAAGCAAUGCGGCGAGUGGAGGCUAUGUGGUGUACGAAGCCUCGAUGAUUGUCAAUUCCUUCGAUGUGACGGCGAAGUGUGCCGCUGGAUACAAAGGCAAGGCAUCGGUGGGUGUGUGCAAGGACGUCGACGAGCCAUAUUCUCUGGGUGGCUGCGAGCCAGAGAAAUGCACAGAGCCGACCGCUCGUGAGAUGGAGGGAUACGACCUCACGGUCUUCUCUCUGGAGCGGCCCAGCUUUAGCGUCUCUCUCAAGUGCACCAGUGGAAUUGGCCAUGGCAAAGCCAAAGAAUGCACAAAGGACGGCGAGCCGUACACGCUGGAGGGCUGUUACAUCGGUGAGUGCGCUUCCCCAGCAGAGAACUUGGGCCACGGAUACGUCGUGUAUGAGCAAUCGAAGAUGCGUCACAACUUCGAAGUGACAGCCGAGUGUGCAAAGGGCUACAGGGGCUUCGCGAAAGUCGCGGAGUGCCCGAAGGCAGACGAGCCUUAUUCCUUGACUGGCUGCGUCCCUGAGACGUGCGUGGAACCGAGUGUGCAAGACUCGGCAAACUACGACUACACCAUCUUCUCUCUGAAGAAGCCCUCCUUUAGUGUGACAGCUCGAUGCAAGCAUGGCUUCCUCAACGCAACAGCCACAGAGUGUGCCUACGAUGGUGGGCCCUUUGUGUUGGAGGGCUGCAAGGAUGCAUGUGCCUCUCCCAAGCGAGCGGCCGACGAUGGCUAUACUGUGGUCGAAAAGAAGCUCGUGAUGGAGGAGUUCACGGUCGAUGCGCUGUGCAUGCCGGAUUACAAGGGCACUGCAAAAGUUUCGAAGUGUCCUUCAGCCAGACAGCCUUACGUUCUGAGUGGCUGCGAGCCCAAGAAGUGCGUACUUCCCAGCGCCGAAGAUCGGGCGGCAUAUGCUUUGACCAUCUACAGCACGGAUGCGCCCUCCUUCAGCGUCACGGCGAGAUGCAAGAAUGGAGUUGGGACGGGCAAGGCCAAGAAGUGCUCCGAAGAUGGCCAAGCCUUCAUCUUGGAGGGGUGCCCUUCAUUGUGUACUUCUCCAAAGAAGACCGCAGAUGAGGGCUAUGUCGUGUUUGAGAGGUCCAUGUUGCGGAAGCAGUUUGACGUCGGUGCAAUUUGUGCUGAUGGCUACAAGGGCAACGCCACCGUGACAAAAUGCAAGACAGCAAACGAACCGUACAGCGUGGGUGGCUGUGAGCCAGAAAAGUGCAUAGAGCCAAGCUCAACGGAGAAGGCCAACUACAAUAUCGUCACUUAUUCAUUAGAGCGACCAUCGUUCAGUGUCACGGCCAGAUGUAAGCAUGGGAAAGGCACUGGCAAGGCCAUACCGUGCAGUGGCGACAAUAUGCCCUACAAACUGGAGGGAUGUGGCGCCAUCAGCGGUUGA